AUGGCAAUCUAUGCUGAUAACUGCGCUGCUAACUCUGCUUUUCAAACCUCGAGCAGUUCUGCAACGCCUACCAGAGGCAUUGGCAGGUUCGGAAUCCCUAAAACCGUUUUCUCGCCUGCAGCGUACUCUCCUGUGAAGGCUGCUGCUUGCAACGACGACGGUGAGACGUUCUGCAGCAGCGUGCUUCUGAAGAGCGUGAGGCCGCUGCUGGAGAAACUGGCCUCCCAAGGCGUCGCUGACGGGCAACACAAGCCCGCCAAGGUGCACGUUGUACCUGACGCGCCUGAUGUGAAGCGGCCUGGAAUUGGCCGCUUCGGAGGCAAGCCUGCUGCUGCCGUGCUCGCACCUGUGGUCGUCCCUGCUGCUCCCUCACCAUCUGCUGCUGCUGCAGUCACACCGUCUGCUGUGGUUGCGCCUGUGGUGGUGCCUGAGGUAGCGCCUGUGGCUCCAGUUGCUUCAACCACACCACAGGUGGCUGAAGCGAGUGUGACAACAGAAACAAUAACUGAGGAGGCGAGUGCAUGUGCGGCUGAUCCGAGUGAGAAAGCGAGGUGGGCGAAGCUGCGUGAGGAGGUUCGAGUUAUGAAUAUUGCGCUGACACGUGCUGCUUACCUGAGGUGGGACAAGCGGAGCAAGGAGGCCUCAUGGGCCAUGGAGAUUGAAGCGGCCAUUGAAGCCGCCCUGCUGAGAGAAGCAGCAGCAGCAGCCCAGAAGCCAAAGCCUGCUGUUGCGGCAAGGUGCAAGGUGGGGAUUGAAAACGCGAAGGGCAAGAAUGGGUGCAGCAGCAAGGUCGUGAGCAUGGGUGUGAAGGGUGGUAAGGGCAACAACACGCAUGCAAGCUCUGUCCCACGUCCAGCAGCAGCAGUUGCGGGAUCACGUGGUGGUGCAUCAUCAGUGAGUGCAACUUGCAAGGCCAGCAGCAGGCAGGCGAGUGGGGUGAAGAGGAGAGAAGAGGGUGGGUGUGGGGAGGGAGCAGCAGGGAGGGCAGCAGGUGGAAGGCAGGGUGGUGUGAAUGCAGCAGGUGGCAGAGCAGUGGCAAGUGGCGUGUGUGGCAGGGAGGGGGUGAAGCAGCAGGCGGGGAGGAGAGAGAGUUUGGUGCAUGAGAGGCAGGCGAGGCCAGGCUGCAGCAGCAGCAGGGCGCACAGAAGGAGCUCCUGA